AUGGCAGCGGCUGUUGCUUACCAGCGCAAACGUGCCUUAGUUAUCGGUAUCAAUAGGUACCAUAGGAACUCAUUGCAAUGUUGUAUUAAUGAUGCUGAGGAUUUAAAAGCAGCACUUGGACGUAUUGAAUUCGACGUAUUACAUGGCAUCGAUUGCAAUAUUGGUCAAUUCUACGAACUGAUUGAUGAAUUCGUCUCAGGAAUUCAACUUACGGAUUUAACAUUAGUUUAUUUUGCUGGACAUGGAAAACAAAGCGAUAAUGAAAAUUAUUUAUUACCUUCAGAUUAUGACUAUGAUUUUCGUGGUAGUGAGAGUGACUAUAUUAUCAAGCAUGCUAUUAAUGUACAAUAUAUAAUGAAGAAAAUAGAGGAUAAACGCUGCUGUAUCACGAUAUUGAUAUUUGACUGUUGCAGAAAAUCCGUGAGAGAUCGAAAUCCAGGUAUCCAAGGUUUAUCAGCUAUGCACGCGUCAUCACAUACUUUAAUAGCGUUCUCUUGUGCACCUGGUAAAACAGCACUUGAUGAAACACAAAAUGGAAGAAAUAGUAUUUUUACUGGAAGUUUGUUAGACCACAUUAAAAAACCUAACAUACAUAUCGAAGACACUUUUAUGGCUGUUGCUCGUGAGGUUCAAUCGAUUACUGGUGGAUUUCAGCGACCAUUUAGAUCAGCUGAUCUAACUGAAAAGGUUUAUCUAGUGGCAAAUAAAGUUCCAGUUCAACCUCAAGUCGAAGCUUCGAAACAAGUCAACACUCAAUCAUGUGCCAUUGGUCAAGAUACUCAGAUCUCAUGGAAGCUCAAGGGCAUCGAGAAACCACAAGUAAGAUGGUUCUUUAAUGAUCAACCACUUUCAACUAACGAUUGCCUUCGAGUGGCCGAGGCUGAUGAUGGAACAUCGACACUGUUCAUUCGUCAAACUGAACUCGCUGAUCAAGGUGUCUACACUGCUCGAGCGAUCAACGUGGUGGAUGCAGCUGAAGUCAAAAUUACUUUGUUCAUCAUUUGUAUUAAACCCGUCAUCAAAUUUGAUCUCAAUGCUUCACUGGAAGCCAUGGCAGGGGAAGCUAUGACACUUAAAAUCAUUGCUAAUGGAGCACCAAAGCCUGACAUUAUUUGGAUGAGAAAUAGCGGUGAACUCACAACCAAUGAUAGGAUUCAAAUGACAACGUCGACUUUUGAUGAUGAAUUAUACACAUUGACUGUCUUAAACGUACAACCACAAGAUGAAGGAGAAUAUUCAGCCAAGAUUUCCAAUGUUGGUGGAUCACUUCAAUCUAAUAAUACAUAUGCCAUUGUAGAAUCGCCAGUGUUUGUUGCCAAACCGAUAACGCAAAAAGUAAAACAAGGUGAAGCAGCUCUGUUCAAGGCGCAAAUCGAUGGAUAUCCGACACCACAGAUCAGUUGGCUUCUCAAUGGCAAACAGCUAACAGCGGAAGAAGGUGUUCAAAUGCAGUUCGAUGCUACGAUUGGUCAAACGAAGUUGUCCAUUCAAAAGGUCGAUCUAGAACAACAUGCAGGUUCGAUUACUUGUCGACUCGAGAAUUCAUAUGGCAAUGAAGAAGAAACUGUUCAACUCAUUGUUCUUGAUGCACCAAUAAUCAUCACACAAUUGCCCAAAGAACAAGAAACUGUGAGUGGACGAGAUGUCACUUUGAAAGUAAUUGUGCAAGGAUCACCACCACCACCAUCUGCUCAAUGGUUCUUCAAAGAUAUACUCCUUGGACCAGAGAAUGCAUUAGUAGACGAAGCGAAGAAUGAGUAUUAA